AUGUCAAAUCACUCUUCAAUAGAAACAACCAACAAUAAUGACACUUUUGUAGCACAGACAAAUCUUACUAAGGGAGUUUUAACCGAGUUUCAAGAGUAUGACCACAAUAAAGAUGUGACAAAGGACACACCUAAUUCCAACGAAGGAAAUUAUCCAAUUGCGAAAUCCUCUGUAGUUUCCAUCAUUCCAUCAAUAAUAUGUACGAUUGAUGAAACAAACCCACCAUCCUCUGGGCAAAAUAAUAACGGAGAGAAUGCAAUAGAAACUUCUGAUAAAACCCCAAAUUACUCGCACCAUUGUGAAUAUGUUAAGCAAAAGCCGAACAAGCUUGUUCGUGCCGAUCUACUUAAAGAAAUUUCAAUUAUUUUUAGUUUUGCAAAUGAUUCACAAAGCAUGAACAAACACUGCGUUUCCUAUAACAAGUAUGGCCGUUGUAACGACGGUGAUCGAUGUCCUUAUAAGCACGAUCCAAAUCGAGUUGAGGUUUGUAAAAAAUGGCUCAAAGGAGAUGAUUGUUCUUCUGUCAAAAAAUGUUUUCGUCAACAUGUAUUAUCGGCCCAUGUGAUUCCACAUUGCAGUCAUUUUGCAAAGAGGAUGUGCCUUAAAGGUAGUGAAUGCCGUUAUACACAUGUAAAAGUCAGCAAGCGAGCAGGCUAUUGUAAAGAAUUCAUGGUAGGUGGAUUCUGCGAGUCAGGUGAAAUUUGUCGAAGAAAACACGAAUGGGAGAAGAAUAUAUGCGCCCAAGAAUGA